AUGAAAAAAUUCAUCAUUCUAAUAAUAAUGCUUGUAGUGGCCUUAGCAGAUGUGACAUGUCUAUAGGAUAAGUGCAAGACAGAAUUUUACAAUUGCAAUAGAGAUAAAACCUGGUAUUAAUACUUUUGAUUAAGUCAUGAUUAUAUUGCAGAUUGCUCAUGGUAAUUUGUUGGCAACUUAGGCUUUGAAAAAAACCAACAUUAAAGAGCAAAAGACAGUGUAUAUUGUUUAAUUAUCUUAAGUAUGAAAUCUGUUUGAAAGGCUCAAGAAUAUCUAAAGCUUAAAUAUUGCAAGAUUGUAGAGUCAAAAAUUGUUAAGGAACAGUCAUCAAAUUCUGA